AUGGCCACCAUCGAACUCAUAUGCUCGACUCCAUACUCGCAUCACCUCUCAUCACUUCCCGAGCUACCCCACCCAACCCCCAUCCACCCCCCUCUCCCUUUACCACCCCAGGUGCUGAGAGUUCACCCCGAAACCCCCACAGCCACCAUCGACCUCAUGCUAGACUCCAUGCUCGCCUCGCCGCCUCAAGAAGGCUUCACCGUCUCCGCCCUCACGGUCAGGGCGGAAGUUUUGGAGGCUGCCCGGGACACGCUGCUGGAUCUGGAGCUCCGGGCAGAGUAUGAUGAGGACCUGAAGGCAGCAGCUGCAGAGCAGCAGCAGGGGUUGGGGGGUGUGGGGAGGGGUGGAGGGGAGUACGGGGGCGAGACUGCGAUCAUGGUUGAUGUUCCCAUGAGCCGGGUCCCUGGCGUGUUGUGCCUGCUGCAAGAGGCGGGUCGCUCUGCUGACGUGGCAGAGGCGGGCCUCGACCUCCUCUCCCGCCCGGAUGGCGAUCCUGCUUUCCGUGCUGACGUGGCACUCGCCACAGCGUUGGCGUACUCAGACCUGUCGCGCGAUGCCAUGUCAGCAGACCCGCCUGCAGUGGCACAGGGCUGCGAGCUGCUGGAAGCUGCGCUGAAGCUUCUGCAAGACGAGGGCGGACCAGGGCUGGCGCCGUUCCUGCACGCAGCGAUAGUGGACUCGCUGAGGGAGAAGGGCCCAACACGCGACGAGGGCGGACCAGGGCUGGCGCCGUCCCUGCAGGCAGCAAUAGAGGACUCGCUGCAGGAGAUGGGGCCCACACGCGUGCCCUCUUUGUACCCCAUGUCGUUGAAGGCUUCUCCCGUGUCUGUCCACCUACCCUCCUCCCCCCAUCAGGACGAGGGCGGGCCAAGCCUGGCGCCGUCCCUGCAGGCGGCCAUAGAGGACUCGCUGAGGGAGAUGGGCCCCACACGCGUGCUGGAGCUGCUGGCGCUGCCCCUGGACAAGGAGCACGAGGACGCCCGGAGCGAGGGCAUACAGAACCCUGAGGGCACUCUCUCCUUUUCCUCUCAAGGCAGUUUCUCCCGCCAUGUGUUCAUGCGGGAGGCCUUCCUGCGCCUCACAACCUCGGAGCUCAUCGCCCACUUUGCGCUGCCUCUCCUCUUUCCCCCUCAGGCCAUGCGGGACUUUCUGACCUCCGUGCUCAUCGCCCACUUCCCAGACGGAGCACUGUCAUUCGCCUCCCAGGGCGGUUUCUCCCGCCAUGUGUUCAUGCGGGAGGCCUUCCUGCGCCUCACUACCUCCGAGCUCAUCGCCCACUUCGCUGCCGCCCCGCCGCACGUCGACGCCGGCAUCCUCGAGGCCUACUGGGUGGCUCUCGCCUUUGCCGGCCGGGGCUUCUUCCUGCGCCGCCCGGCCGACAUCGUCCAGUCUGACGCGCUGCUCAAGGAGCUGAACGAGUCCACCGCGUACCGUUUGUUGGUUAACGUGAGCACGGGCGGCGGGGUGGGGGAGGCGGGCGGCGGAGUGGCCGGGGCGGUGGCGGGGACAGGUGGCGGGGGAGGAUUGGCCAGAGAGGGUGGGGGAGCAGGCGAAGCAGGAGUGAUAGCAGGAAGCGCAGCAGGAAGAGAAGCAGGAGCAGCAGGAGGAUCAGGGGCAGGAGCGGGAGAGCGGGUGCAAGGUGGGGCGGGGAGUGCAAUGGCGAUGGUGGCAGGGACAGACGUGCCAGCGGAUCUGUCAGUGGAGAGGGCGAUGUGCGCGCUGCUGCUGGGGCAGGUGGGCGCGUGCAAGCAAUGGCUGGGCGUGCAUGUGACCCCUCCCUGUGGCGACCUUGCUGUCGCCCAGUAUGUCUAUGCCAACUCGCCUAAUGCCCCUCCGGUUGACUCGUGGUACGGCGGCAGCAGCGGUGCAGGAAGUAGCAGCAGCAGUACAGGUAGCAGCACAGGUAACAGCACAGCUCCUAGCAUAAUCACCACGGCUGCAGGCGGAGCAAAAGUGGCAGCAGGAGCGGGAGGAGCGGGGGCAGGCGAGGAGGAUGUGCUUUUACCGGGGCUGUGCCGCUUGCUGGAGGUGUGGCUAAGAGAGGUCGUAGCCAUGCGGUUCCGAGACACGUCCCACCUCCCUGUUGUUCUCUCUGAGUACUUUGAUCAUCCUGCUGUAGGGAGUUUCUUGGAUGCGUGGGAUCAGUCGCAGGGUGGGGGGGGAGGAGGGAAGGUGGGGGAAAGUGGAAGAGGGGAGGGCGGCGGGAUGCGGAAUGCUGCUAUGGAGGUGAUUCGAGGGGUGUUUCCGUGGAUGCAAGGAGGGGGUGAUGCAGCAGCAGCAGCAGCAGGAGCGGCAGUCGAAAAUCCUUUCAUCGUUUCCACAUCAGCCACUACCACUACCACCACCACCUCCUCCUCCCUCUCCCCACCCUUGCCCACCGAUUCGUUACAAGACGACUCGUUACAAGACCCGUCCUCGUCGCUCCCACCAGCAGAACUCGCCCGAUCACGCACCAGACGAGAGCUCUUCGGCGCCUCACCCCUCCUCGACCCCCAAGGCUCGCCCAUCCCCCUCCGCACCGCCCAACCCGAAUCCCUCCCCACCUUGGGAAUAUCCGGAACCGAACCUGGGAGCAGCAGUGGCAGGGGUAGAUUUGGCGGGAAGGUGGGAAUGGUGGUGGCAGGGGUGGCGGCGGCGGCGGUGGUGGCGGGGGGAGGGUUCACGGCGUGGCGCAUGCGGUCGGGGCGGUUUGGGCCGUCGCUGCUGGGAGUGGAAGCGGCGAUGGUGGGGCAGCAGGCCAAGGAGCAGGCGACUUCUGGUGAGUGGGAGGGUGUUAAAUCCACAGAGGUUUGGGUUGUCGUUGCGGUCGGGGCGUUUGGGCGGUCGCUGUUGGGCGUGGAGGGGGAGAUGGUGGGGCAGGGCAAGGAGCAGGCAGUAGCAGCAGGUGCAGAGGAGUGCAGCGAGGUGGAGGAGGUGCGGUGGGCAGUGCGGGUGGUGCGGCACUGGCAGGAGGUGAAGGCGGCAGAGCUGGGCCAAUCACACCCUGCAGAUCACACCCUGCAGAUCACACUCACUCUUUGCCCCUCACUUUCCCCACUCUUUCCUCCUCGUGCUGCUAUUGCUCACUCUAUACUUUCAGAAGCAGCAGCAGGCGCAGAGGAAUAUUCCGAAGUGGAGGAGGUGCAGUGGGCGGUGCGCGUGGUGAGGCACUGGCAGGAGGUGAAGGCGGCAGCGCUGGGCCCGCAGCACCGAGUGGACCGGCUGGGGGAGAUCUUGGAGGGGCCUAUGCUGGAGCUGUGGCGCAACAGAGCCAAGGAGGUGGAGAACAACGGGUGGUUCUGGGAAUACAGCUUCCUCAGCCUCAAUGUGGAGAUGGCAGCAGUGAGCAAGUGUCAGAAGAAGGCAGUAGUAGAGGCAGUGGUGCAGGAGGCGGCACGGCUGGUGGAUGCAGCGGACCCGACCCACAACGAUGCGUACAGAAGCACGUACACGGCGCGGUACGAGCUGCUGCAGACCGGCACCUGCUGGAAGAUCGUCGGCGGUACUACCGGCACCUGCUGGAAGAUCGUUGGCGGCACCGUGCUGCGCGCGUCACUCACAGCCACGUGUCGAGCCGGCAUUGGCAGAUCUCCUCUCUGGCGCGGAACCCCUCUUCUCACAGACGAACGGUCGAGAUUGCUCCAUCGGCGGCAUCGCAGUUCCGUCGUCCGAGCCGUGGCAGCAGCAGGAGCUGAUGACGUGUCGGCCAGCUCAGCUACCAGUGGCGAAUCGCAACGGCCGCAUUCCGCCAUUCGUGAAAUUCAGCGCCAGCUGGCGAAUGGCGAGCGGACAGCUGUCGGCGUGGCGGAGGAGUAUCUGGAGCGGCUGGAGGCGCAGGAGGGGCAGCUGAGAAGCUUCCUCCACACCGACAGGGAGGCAGUCCUGCAGCAGGCACGGGAAGUGGAUGCUGCCCUGGCAUCUCAGUCGGGCAGCGGGGAGAAAAAUUUGGGGCUGCUGACCGGAGUGCCCAUGGGGGUGAAGGACAACCUGUGCACACGUGGCAUGCCCUCCACCGCUGCCUCUAAGAUCCUCAAGGGCUACAUGCCGCCAUACGAUGCAACAGCGGUGGGAAGGGUGAAGGCGGAGGGGGCAGUGGUGGGAUACAUGCCGCCAUACGAUGCAACAGCGGUGGGGAGGGUGAAGGCGGAGGGGGCAGUGGUGGUGGGGAAGACAAACAUGGACGAGUUUGGCAUGGGCAGCACCACUGAGGGUCAGGUGGUGGGCGGUGGGGUGAAGACAGAGGGGGCGGUGGUGGUGGGGAAGACGAACAUGGACGAGUUUGGCAUGGGCAGCACCACUGAGGGGGCGGGUUACCAGGUGACAACCAACCCCUGGGAUCUCUCGCGAGUGCCAGGCGGCAGUUCAGGAGGCUCUGCCGCUGCUGUGGCGGCUGGGCAGUGUGCUGUAGCUUUGGGCUCUGACACGGGUGAGGCGCCUCCUCCAGCGGUGGAGGUGCGCACUGCACUGCACGGCGCACUGCUCAUCUGCAUCUGCUGCUCCUGCUGUGGUGGCCGGGCAGCCGUGGAUCUGGGCCCUGAUACAGGGGGCAGCGUGCGUCUCCCUGCGUCAUUCUGCGGCAUAGUUGGCUUAAAGCCCUCUUACGGCCGUGUUUCCCGCCUGGGUCUCAUGGCGUAUGAGUCUAGCCUGGACUGCGUGGGCAUGCUUGGUCUCAUGGGUGUACGCCUGCCAGCUUCAUUCUGCGGGAUAUUUGGCUUAAAGCCCUCGUACGGCCGGGUCUCCCGCCUGGGCCUCAUGGCGUAUGCGUCCAGCCUGGACUGCGUGGGCGUGCUUGGGCUCAUGGGGUCGUCCUUCUGUGGCAUAGUGGGUCUGAAGCCCUCCUAUGGCAGUGUCUCCCGGCUGGGCUUCAUGGUCGUGCGUCUGCCAGCGUCCUUCUGUGGCAUAGUGGGUCUGAAGCCCUCGUACGGCCGAGUGUCGCGCCUGGGGCUCAUGGCGUAUGCGUCCAGCCUGGACUGUGUGGGCGUGCUGGGGCGAUCAGUAGAGGACACAGCCAUUGUGCUGCAGGCGAUGGCGGGGAGAGACGACGGGGACAGCACGUGCAGCAAGGAGACACAGCGAUCGUGCUGCAGGCGAUGGCUGGGAGAGACGACGGGGACAGCACGUGCAGCAAGGAGGCCAGCGCGAUGUGGAGAGAAGUGGGGUGCUUACACUGGGCUGGGCCCCAGCCCAGCAGUCGCCCUGGCCAGGACUGUGUGGGUGGGCGUGCUGCACUGGGCGUGCUGCACUGGGCUUGCUGCACUGGGCUUGCUGCACUGGGCGUGCUGCACUGGGCGUGCUGCACUGGGCGUGCUGCACUGGGCUUGCUGCACUGGGCGUGCUGCACUGGGCGUGCUGCACUGGGCGUGCUGCACUGGGCUUGCUGCACUGGGCUUGCUGCACUGGGCGUGCUGCACUGGGCGUGCUGCACUGGGCGUGCUGCACUGGGCGUGCUGCACUGGGCGUGCUGCACUGGGCGUGCUGCACUGGGCGUGCUGCACUGGGCGUGCUGCACUGGGCGUGCUGCACUGGGCGUGCUGCACUGGGCGUGCUGCACUGGGCGUGCUGCACUGGGCGUGCUGCACUGGGCGUGCUGCACUGGGCGUGCUGCACUGGGCGUGCUGCACUGGGCGUGCUGCACUGGGCGUGCUGCACUGGGCGUGCUGCACUGGGCGUGCUGCACUGGGCGUGCUGCACUGGGCGUGCUGCACUGGGCGUGCUGCACUGGGCGUGCUGCACUGGGCGUGCUGCACUGGGCGUGCUGCACUGGGCGUGCUGCACUGGGCGUGCUGCACUGGGCGUGCUGCACUGGGUGUGCUGCACUGGGCGUGCUGCACUGGGCGUGCUGCACUGGGCGUGCUGCACUGGGCGUGCUGCACUGGGCGUGCUGCACUGGGCGUGCUGCACUGGGCGUGCUGCACUGGGCGUGCUGCACUGGGCGUGCUGCACUGGGCGUGCUGCACUGGGCGUGCUGCACUGGGCGUGCUGCACUGGGCUUGCUGCAUGAGUCAUUGCAUGGACCCACACAACAAGCCAGUACCAGACUACACGGCAGCCCUCCUCCCCGUCGCCUCGCUCGGCUCCAAGCCGCUGACAGGUGUCCGCUUCGCAUUAGUCCAGGAGACCAUGGGCGCUGGCGUUGAUGCUGACGUGGUGCAGGCCGUCCGGGCGGCGGCGGCGCACUACGAGACGCUAGGAGCCACCGUGGAGGAGGUGUCCAUGCCGUUCUUCGCCAGUGGCCUGCCAGCAUACUAUAUCCUCGCACCCUCUGAAGCCUCCUCAAAUCUCUCUCGCUACGACGGCAUCAGGUGCGCCCUCCCCCAUCCCUCUUCUUCUCCUCUCCCCCUCUCCUUCCCUUCCCCGAUGUUUGGACCCCAGCAGCCAGGCACGGACCUCACGUCCCUCUACAGCAACACUCGAGGCCAGGGCUUUGGCAAGGAGGUGGGCAGUUGGCGGGAAGUGAAGAGGCGCAUUCUAAUGGGCACAUACGCACUCUCUGCCGGCUAUUAUGAUGCCUACUACAAGAAGGCACAGCAGCCUCCCCCAACAGUCACCACCUUCAACUCCUUCCACAUCUCCUUCACCUCCUUCACCCAUCUCCUUCACCUCCUUCCCCUUUCAACUCCUCCCCCCUUCACCUCCACCCCUUCUCAUCACAAGCAUGCACGACAAUUCGGUAACAUCAUGCUCCCCCAUGAUCUAACCCCCCACUUCCUCACCUCCCCAUCCCAUGGCAUGGCAGGUGAGAAGGCAUCAGACCCCCUUGCCAUACCUCUCCCAUACUUCUCCCAGACUUUCACUCGCCAUAUCCCCAUGCUCAUCCAUUUCAGUUCGCCUCAGCUCUCUCUCGCCUUCAUCACUCCACCCUUCUCCACUGCUCUAUACCCCUUCACACCGCAGGUGAAUGUGAACCUAGCGGGUCUACCAGCCAUCUCUCUGCCCUGCGGGUUAGCCCCUGGUGGACCUCAUGGUCUGCCCAUCGGCCUUCAGAUCAUCGGCGCUCCCUUCGCUGAGCCCCUGGUGGGCCCCAUGGCCUCCCUAUCGGCCUUCAGAUCAUCGGUGCUCCCUUUGCGGAGGCGGCAAUUCUCAAGUACGCACAUGUGUUUGAGCAGACCAGUUGUCUUCCAAGGUGCCCCACCACCCACCGCCCACCAACGCCCCCUCUCCUCCCUCUCCUCCCUCUUUACACAGGCGACCAUUCUCAAGUACGCACAUGUGUUUGAGCAGACCACUCCUGCAUGGCAAUCAGGACUCGCCAUUGCAUCUCCUGUUACUGCCGCUGCUUCCACGUAG